AUGGCGCAGCAGCUUAUCCAACUUAAUCCAGGUGAUCAGGUAGACCGGUGGCACAUUGACAAAAAGCUUGGAGAAGGUGGAUUUGGUGCUGUAUACUUGGUAUCUGAUAUGACUGGAAAAUAUGCGCUCAAAGUUGAAGGUGUUAAUGAGCAAAUUCAGGUGCUCAAAAUGGAAGUAUACGUGCUUUCUGAAUUGAAUAAGCGUAACAAUCGUCACUUUUGUAAGAUUGAAGACAAAGGACGAUACGGAUCAUUUAAUUAUGUCGUUAUGACUUUAGUUGGCAAAAGCUUGCAGGAUCUUCGCAAAGCAGGCAUGGGGCAACAUCUUUCAAUGGGAACAGCCCUUGGAGCAGGAAUUCAGGCUUUAGAAGCACUGGAAGAUCUUCACUCUAUCGGUUAUCUCCAUCGAGAUGUAAAACCUGGAAAUUAUACUAUCGGGCGUCCAGAAUUGAAUGAAUUGAGGAAGAUCUACGUAUUAGAUUUCGGGAUGUGCCGGAAGUAUACUAACUCCCAGAAUGUAAUUCGUAAACCAAGAGCAGCAGCUGGAUUCCGUGGAACCGUUCGUUAUGCACCAAUAUCCUGCCACCUACAACGUGAACUAUGCCGUAAAGACGACGUUGAAACGUGGAUUUAUAUGCAAGUCGAACUAACUACUGGAAAUUUACCGUGGAAAAAUAUCGCUGAUAUGAAUCAGGUUGGGGACUAUAAAAAACGAUGCCGAUUUGAACCGGCAAUAAAUGAAUUAAUGGGUGGUUGCGCGCCUGAACUACGGCAAAUUAUGCAAAUGGUUGAUCAAUUAAAAUAUUAUGAUCAACCACCAUAUCAUCAAAUUUAUCAACUAAUGCGACAAUCAUUCCAAACAAUGGGUUGUCAAGAAUUUCCAUAUGAUUGGGAAAAACCCGGUGGUGGUGUCUUUUAA